AUGGCGCUGUUGGCGUACAGCAUGUCCAAGAGGCUAGAGACCACAGAUCUGCCUGAGGAGAUGAAGAGCUCCCUUUGCAAGGCAUCUGACGUCAUCCUCAACAUACACGAUGUGAGAACAUGGAGCCUGCAACGUUCAGAAAGUUUCCUCUCCGACUCUCCGGGAAUGAUGUCAUCAUCCGUGGGGACCAGUAAAUGCAGCAGUCCCGCAUGCAUGGAGGCGCGGGCGCGGCGAGCUCCACACUGUGUUUACUCGGAUCCCCGCCGGCCGGGCCUGCAGUACGGCAACUCGUUCGAUUCCCUGGGAGACUCUCCGCACAGCGACAGGUACGUGUCGGCCCUGACAACACCAGCCCGCCUCUCGCCGGUGGACUUCCACUACUCAUUGCCCCCCCAGGUGCCUAUUUUCCAGAUCACCUCCCCCAACACCAGCCACGCCAUGUCGCUCCCCCCUGCUGUCCACAACCCCUAUCCUCUCGAGGGCGACCUGUCUCUGCUGCGCCGGUACCACGUGCCCCGACCCGACGCCCAGUGUCAGGAGCCGUACCGGCAGCAGCGCCGCACCUAUCUGAACGACAGCAGGGGCAGCCUGCCUUCCAGCCCCCGCCGGCUGGCCGAGGAAGAUGAGUACGAGACCACCCAGGAGUAUCUCUCCUCUCGGGAGCAACCAAAGACAAACGGGUCCAGUGGAACCGGCAGCCGGCGCUGGAGGAGGUCCAGGCUGAACGGCCACGUGGCCCCGCGCGGGUACGAGGCGUCUCGGGACUUGGGCUCUCGAAGCUGCCUAACGGAUAGCGAAUCAGAGGACGGCGAGAGCACCCCCUUCCUCAGUAUGCAGAACAUGAACACGGAGCCGGCCACCAUCUGCAGGCCGGCGGACUGUCGGACUUCUCACUCGACAGGGUGGCACAGCGGGCACACGAGACUGACGCACUCACGCUCCACACCGGACCCCGCACCCCAUUAGCGCGGUUACCCACCCAGAACACCCACAUAGUACAGACCUGCAUCUAUAAUAAAUAUUUUUAUUUUAUAUAACUGACAGAUAUUUUAAACAAAUUAAAUAUUUAUUUUCAUUUUAGCAAAAGUUGUCUACUAGUUAACAACAAAGAAUUUUUUAUAGGAAAACUAUUUAUAUGUACAUUUUGAUUUACAGCGUAAAAAAAAAAAAAAGAUGGUCCAGUUUUUUCACAACGUUGAAGCAAACAAAACAAAAAGAAAAAAAUAGAGUAAUAUUGUUGUGCCUUUUGCUGUCAGACGAUGCCGGAGGGCCAGUGGACGUUUUUGUAGCCUUUCUUAUACAGACGCCUCAUCUUUUAUACAC